AUGCAGGCCUUUGUGAGGGCUCUGUCGGCACGGCUGAUUGACGCCACGGGAGACCCCAGGGCUGGCGCGCAUUUCUCGCAACGAAUCGCCCUGGCGGUUCAGCGAGGAAACGCCGCCAGCGUAAUGGGCACCAUGCCACAGGCGGACCUGCUGGAUGGGCCAUGUGUCGUGGCAGAAAAGGCGCUGGCUCAGCAUUGUGAUGCGGCAAGCCACAUCGCUGGCUUGGCACCCGAGCUGUGGUACUACUGGCAGAUGUACCCGUACAUAUUCGGCGAGUUCACAUGUCGUCUCACCAACUUCCUGAGAGCCACGGCCACAUGGGCUUCAGCGCUCACUGUAGUAGCGUUCUCUAUAGAGCGUUACACCGCGAUCUGCCAUCACUGUCCCUCCCGUUCGCGGGACCGUAGGCGAGUUGCGAUGGCGAUACUCGCCAUUUGGGGCGUCAGCGUCGCGACUGCACUGCCAGCGGUGCACGUGCAUCAUGUUGUGACGAACCCUGUGGUGGUGUAUCCUGGAACGGGGAAGGUUCCCUCACUCACCCAGCUGUGCCGGGUCCCUGGAGACGACCAGUACAAAUACUACAACCACAUGUACGCCACCACUUGCGCGCUGUUCUUCUUCAUACCUAUGGCCCUGCUAAUGUUGGUGUACAUUAAAAUUGCUGUGUUUAUAAGAUCGCAUAGACAACAGGCGAGAAACGACGGCAUCAGAACCAACUGCUCUGAGGACAAUAAAGUAUUCAAAGUAUUAGGUAAAUUUUACUAA